AUGGUCAUGUUCCUCGUAUUUCUUGUCAUGUUUGACUUGGCUCCAUGGCGAGGAAUUUCAGCUCAUUUUGAGGGUCAUGAACAAUCAUCGAAUCACCGAAACCAUUUUACUCAAACUGACAAAGACAGAGAAGAAUCAAGGUUAAGGUGAGAGAAUCGAAGUUUUAUCUUUUGAAUGUACAUUUAGGAAAAUGGUUUGUGAUAUGUGAUAUUUUGAAAGGGAAAUGAGGGAAGAGUUUAGGAACAAUAUCAAAAUUAUGCCAAACACGUUGUGGUAGAAAUAUGGUUCAACCCGUUGCAGAUCAAUCUUGGGCUAAAAAAUUAUUCUGUUGUUCACAAAGGCAACCGAUUAACAAUGUAGCAUUUCGCUUCAAACAAGCUCUACUCUCACAACUGCUGAACAGGACCAUAAUUCCCAUCUCGGGAUGCAUAGCAUGCUCCGCGGUAUUUAUAUGCUUUUAUGGGAUACCAACUCCUUGCGUGACAACCUACAAACCGCGACAGACGUGAAAAACAAGAGGGGUCCAGGGAAAUGUUGCAUAGACGAUCAUAGACAAGCCUCUUUGUCCCCCUAUAUUUAUUUAAUUGAUUCGCACAGCACAAGUUUUGUGGUACAUUUGACUUCUCUCGGAAAAGCGAACUUAUUUCUCGCGUUUCACCUUUCCCUUGCAUUGGUACCUUCGUGUUUUACCCACUGGCGUGCGAGGAGUUCUUACUCGUUCAUCGCGAAGGGAACACCCUCCCUUCCUGCCGGAGAGAAACUCAUAUAAGUGGACGGGGAUCUCCUUCGUCUCGCUUAGGGACCUCCCUAAGAGCGUAAAGUGCAGAUUUUGGCCUACCUUGAGGUUCAGGGGAGAAAAAAAUUUUCUUCACAAUAGACUUUCUCACGGACCUUCUCAACAUUUGACAUGGACCAGUUGGGGAAAAUCCGUCUUCACCACUGGAAAGAGCGUCUUAAUAUUAGUAAACACUGCCAAAUCUGAAAUACGUUGUAAGCGUGCUAAGAUAUAGCUCCGCAAAGUUGCGAAGAUUAACAGGCCUUUGUAUGGUUGGCGGGCAACUCCCUCCGCCCCUUCGAUCCCCCACCCCCCCCCCCCCCCCCCCCCCCCACCCCCCCUCAAUAUUUUUAAUCUUGCAUAUUGACAGAACCUUUGUUUUUUGCUUCAUCACAACAUUGAUAAGUCGAUAGACUCGUUCUUUUUCACAUUCCGACCAACAUUAUUUGAAAUACGUUGUACGCGUGCGAAGAAAUAGCUCCGCCAAGGUGCGAAGAUUAACCGGUCCUUGUGUGGUUGGCGGGCAACCCCCCCCCCCCCUUUCAUCCUCCCCCCCCCCCCCCCCUCCCCAUACAAACGUCUGUAAAAUUUCUCGACUUUGAGGAGCCAUAACUUCGUUAGUUUUCCACAAAUCACUUUAGAACUUGGCAAUUUUACCAAUCUUAACGCAUAAGGCGCUAUUUUCAGUGGUGUCUGCGGGUCAUGUAGCAGCUGCUCGGAAGAGAAGUCACCAAUAGCGCGUUUCCCUGACCCCAAACAAUACGGAUCAAUUUACCUACCUACCCCUCCCCGAAGCUAACAUUAACACAUACCUCUGGCUUAGGGCAAAAUGAUGGCUUAGGGGACGGGUAGGUAGGCAGUUUCCCAGCAAUACUAAGGGUGUCGACGGAUUUUCCCUAACGUGUCCAUGUCAAAAUUUGAAAAAAACCGUGAAAAGGUCUAUAAGAAGUGUGCUUUGACGAAAAAUCCUAUAAAAAGCAAACAGUUAUUUCUUUACUACCGUUUUUUGGCAGAUCAGUUAUUCCGUUAAUAGACAUAAAUGGUGAUGGUCGGGUAUCUGUUGAAGAACUUGCCGCACGGACAGACAAAAGUAUGAAAGCUUUUUACAAAGAUGAGGCCAAUACUCGGUUGAAAUCUUUGGACACUAAUAACGAUGGCAAAGUUAGCUGGGAUGAGUAUACGGACAGCGCUGAGAAAAAAGGAGGUAACCUUCUCGUCGAAAUGUUUUGUGAUUUUACGGGCUAACGUUUCUCAAAGGGGCGGAGUCUUUGUUGUGCACGACUUUUAAUAAAACGAGCAAUAACAAGCAAAUUGUUUUGCAGCAUCGCUGCAAUACCUGUUGAACAAAAUGUUAGCCUUGUAGGAUGCGUUUAAAAAUGACAAAGUAACAUUUAAUGCACAUGCGACGUGCUUAAGCUAGGGUAAAACAUUCAACAAAAAUGCGCAACUUGUUUAGCAAUUUGCUAAAAAAUGAGUUGAAAGUCUAUGUUACGCGUUUUACCAACCACGAAUCAAACCCAGCUUGCAACAAAACAUGUUGUUGCAGUUUGCGAAAAGUUGUUGCAGGAAGUAGAGCGUAGCUCUAAUUUUUGCAACAACAUCUGCGCGUUUCACUGGCUCAAGACGAAAUUUUAUCUAAUCAGAAAUUUUUCCCGCAACUUUCAACAACCUGAUUUGUUGCCUCAUUUAUUUGGUUGGUUGGUUGUUUUUUACAGCGUUUACAGCGGAACAACGUAAACGGGACAGAAGACGAUUUGGACAAGCGGAUGUCGACAAGGAUGGGGGGCUGUCACGUGACGAGCUGAUAUCCAUGUUCCACCCCGAGGAAAAUCCACACAUGUUUACUGUUAUAGUUGACGUAAGAUUUCGUUACUUUUGCGUUUUCUUGUUUAUAAUAAAUAACUGAUCUUGUUGACUUUGCCACUGAUGUGGACAAAUUUCGUGCUUUCUCUACGAUCCUCCCGCGAUUUACAGUUUGUUUUCUUCUUUUUUGUCGUUAGGGAAACAAAAGGUUUUACUAUAUUGACGCUCUAGGUCACUAUUGUACGUUUUUUAGGCCGCAAAGUUCAACAAGCAUUAAGUUAUGUGUUAUUUUAUCGUAGGAAUUCCUUGAAUUUGUAGAUGGCGACAAUGAUGGUUUUCUAUCAUUCGAUGAAUACAAAGGUAAUUUCCUAUUUGCUAACCUUUUCCAGGCAUUCAGGUUGUGAGUACAGCGCAGGUAUAUCAAAAACAUUGAGGGGGAAGGGGAGGGGAGGGGAGCUGAACGGUUCCAACAGACUAGCGUAAGUGACUCCUUAUUUCAACCAUCGUAAUUUGGGCAAAGCCGGAUAAGGCUUCUUCCUGUUUCUUGGACCGCUGAAUAGCGCAAUUGGUUUCCCUAAUACUUAUCCGCUAGAUAGUGAUUUAUCCGGUGGAUAGCGCAAUACAACGUUUGAACAACCGGGGCCGGAGCUAUUUAUACGAGGAAGAAAUAGACGCGUCUUACAUAAGGCACGUCCUAAGAAUGACGCAAACUAUCCCGUAUAAACAGCACAUUUCUUCUGAAAUAAGGCGUGACUUUCACUUAGCUAAGACGCGUCUUUACUAAAGGUGGAUUUCCACUGUCGCUGUUCCACUAUCGAAAGUCACGCGAAAGCGUAAAAGUUGGACGUCAAUGAAACUUUCACUUCUAUACAUACAUUACCUCUAUUUUACAGUAAAAAUUACACGACAGUGGAAGUCCACCUCAAGUCGCGUCUUAUUUCAGACGAAAUGUGCUGUUUAUACAGUAGUUUGCGUCUUAUUUAGGACACGUCUUACUUUUCCCGGUAUAAAUGGCCCUUAUGAAGUUCAUGCUUUCCGCUCCUUCCACUCAAAGUCAGUGGCGGAUACUGCGCUUCUCUUUUUCGCGCUUUGGUCUUAUUUUAUGCGGUCCUCGCUGAGUAAGUAAACCUGACUCAUCCUUAUGCGUUCUGGACUGUAGCCUUACGCAAUAUUUUUUGUGGGCAGAAAUUGCAGGUAGACUCCUUUGGAAGAGUUAGUAUGGAAGUUUGAUCUUAAGUGUGUUUACUUUGUGUUGUUUAUCGUUAACAUUAUAUACGUUGAUUGAAUAUGAUCCUCAUAUUCCAUAUUCCACUUACUUGUGAAAUGACUCAUGGGUUCGAACCAUUUACUGUUACAUUAUAAUACGCUAAACUAGAAAAGCAUGUACUAAAACGACCUAACUUGGCUCUUCACUCUUCAAGCGGAUGAGCAAUGAUAGCCUCAGCCUCACUAUUAGGGAGUUUAAGGCUGCGUGCAAACGGGCUCAACAACUGCCAACAUUGUUGCGCCAACAAUGUUGGGAGUUGUUGCGUGCGUGUUGGCAGUGGUGUGCAAACGGAUGCAACAACCCCCAACAAUGUUGGGACCUGCAGUGCAUCGUGGGAAGGAUACAGCCCAUAAGUCUUUGUAAACCAUGCGUAAUGAGCGUGCGUGGCCCCAACAAUGUUGGAAGAGCUGUGCAAACUGAUCCAACAUUGUUGCGCUACGUUUCGGCGAUCACGGACCAAAAGAAAUGUUGGGAGUUGUUGGCUGAAAAGUUUGACCGGUUUCAAACUUUGUGCAACAACACGCAACAACAUCCAACAACAUGCAACAGGGUGUGCAAACGGACGCAAAAUGUAACAUCCAACAAUGUUGGGAGUUGUUGGCCAACGAUGUUGCGUCCGUUUGCACGGGGCUUAAGAUUCCACGAAGGCGACGGCGGCACAAACAUUGCUUAAAAAGGGAGUUCUCGAUCUAUGAAACUUUAGCGCGAUUAACCCCAACUCGGCCACUAUGUUUUAUGUAGGUGAACUCUCCUGGAGUUGAAUUCUCAAGAAAAAUAUCCAAGUUUAAAAAGAGUAAGAGAGAUUCGUCGUCGUAUGUUCACGUUGUCGAUAAAACGUGAAAUUAGGCAACUCACUUCGUAGUCGUGCAGUGACGACAAAGAAAUGUGCAAAAAAGCGUGAUGCGCGUGCAGAGUUGUUGUUUUGCUAAUCUUAACCAAUCGCUUUUUCACGUUCUCGUUGCCCGUCGCCGUAGUGCCAUCUUAAUCUCCCUGUUGUUAUUUGAUGCCUGCGGCCUUGAUUUGGAAAACCAUUUUGGCCUUAGAUAACGUGACCUUAGACUAAUACUGCUACAAUAGUUUUCAUUUCUUGAUCUUUGCAGUGAAGACUGUAAACGGAGCGAACAAGAACCUCCGGACCGCUGAGCAGUCUUUCAAGAAGUUGGAUCAAGACCAAGACGGAAAGCUUAACAAAGUGAGUACAGUAUAUUAAAUACCAACGUCAUUUCCCCGGGUUUCAUGUCCCCCUUACCCCCUCUCGCCUCUUCGCCUACGCCCUCCAAUUUUCUUUUUUCUCACUAGGUUUUUGUCUUUUCCCUCUUUACUCGUCUCUUUAUUUCAGGAUUUUUUAACACUCCUUGAAGGCUUUGAAAGGCAAUGGUAUUUAAUUCUAGAUUUACUGGGCGCUUUAAAAACUCUUGAAAAAGCAGAAUUUCUAUUAAAAGUUGUUGAAAACUCCUUGAAGUUUUGUUCAGAUGGAAUUGAACGAAUUACGGUAACUGAAAGAUUAUAUUUAGCGCAGAUUGGAAAAUCACCGGCACAGAUUUGAGAAAAUGUGCAUCUCAGCCUGCGCUGAACACUCUGAAAACUCAGUUGGUGGUGCUUCUAAGGAAUGAUCCUGCUUGAGUUUUACAACUUAAUAAAAAGAAACCAGCAUGAAUAGGAGCAAAUGAGCAAGGAAGCACACACUACCAAACUCCGCGGUAUAGCCGGUAUCGUACGCAUUCGCACAGCCAGCACUAAACCUGUAUAUUCCUUCCCAAGGUCUUGGCGAACAAUGCUGCCAUUGACCUCACUACCCUUUGAUUCCCGCCCCGUUUUUCAGUUAGAACUAAAGUCAAUACUUUUCUUUGAAUUCCCGCUAACGCACAUAGUCUCUCUUACUUUUAUGAUUAAUUGAUUGUUUCGUCUUUCUAAGCCACGUGUGUUUUGUUGUUAUUGUUUUGAAAAAGGAGGAGAUGAAAGUUUGGCUUUCGGCAGUUAGUACAUCUUCUCAGGCAAGGAAUCAGGCUCAAUACCUUGUGAACACAGCGGACGACAAUAAGGUAUUAAGUCUCAGCAAACAAAUCUAAUAGUAUCAACACCUAAGUUCUCCACACUGAUGUACCUACAUUUCUUGUGGACUCCUUAAACAGUAUUCGGCCUGGUUCAGAAGUGGAGGAUAUGAUUGAUCGGUCUUAUAUCUAUUCCUAAGUUUAUGGCCAAGAACAUAUGAUAAAGCAUCGGCUUGAGGAAACAUGGAUUUCGACUAAAUAAAGGUUAAAUUUCUGUGUAUUAAAGUUGAAUUUCUCAUAUUUAAGUAGUCUUUUCAGGGUCGUUUCUGGUCAAUUCUGUCCAUAUAUUUCUGAAAGAAAAGCCUGGAAACAAGUGUGCUUUUCUACAAGAAAUAUACGUGCAGAAUUGACAGGAAAUGACAAAAGCCUACUUCAACCUUUAUUUUGUCGAAAUCCAUGUUUCCUAUAGCCCAUGGUUUUACUGUAGUCUGUGAUACAGCCGUCCUCAUAAGCGACGGGUGUAUUCGUAGGCUAGUUUUAUUGCGGUUAAAACUGGUUACCUGAGGUAUUCUGCGUCUUGCAUUGGUUUGAUUUUUUCCCCCGUCCUGCACUGGCAGCAUGUCUCCCUGCGUCUUGGACUAGUUGAUUCAUGCUUCUUGCACUAGUUACAUGCAUGUUUCGCGCGACUUGCAAUGGUUGCUAUUUUUCCGUGUUCUGCCCAGCUUGCUUGUUUUCCCGCGUUUUGCCAAGGUGGAAUGUUUUCCCACGUCCAUAUACACAGGUUGCCUGUUUUCCCGUACCUGGUUCUUGUUGAUGCGAACGGACUUGGACCAUUAAUCAAAUCAAAUCACUGGUUUAAUGUCCCUUUUGCAGUCGGAAGACUGAAUUGUAGGAUACCUUACAAGCUGUAAUAAAUAUACAAAUACACUACAUUGAUUUUCAAGAUUAAUAUUUAACACCAACAAAAUUUGAGAAACGUUUAGUCCUUGUGGCCAUGGGCCUGCUAGAACUCCCUGAUCUUAGACACACACUGGGAGAUAUAGGUACCACUCUGUUGUGUAUUGGUGGGUAUAAUGGGUUACCUGACUGAACCUUACCUAUAAAUUUAAUACACGAGACUGUCCGACGGUCAGAAUGAGAGGAUAAUGCAGCUUUGUCAAGUGCUGUUUCAUACGAAAUACCAGGCCAAAGGAUGGAAAGGACCCUUUUUUGCACGUUCUCGAGAUAGCAAGCAAGAUACUUAGGCAAACCAGCAAAGACAGCGGAGGCGUGCUCUAGUAUAGAGCGAAUUAGCGCGCAGUAGAUAUCAACAAUAUCAGCCGACGGAACUUUGCUCUUCUUGAGUUGUCUCAGUGCAUAAAGCCGUCUGUUGGCCUUCUUCACUAUGUAGUCGCCAAGUGAGGUCCUCAUUACGUUAUUUUUGCUUAUUGAAUUUCCUUGAUUUUCUUUCAGUGUCAUACUGUUCUGUUUUUUCUUUACUCUUUUCACAGGAUGGCGUUUUAGAUCAAGAGGAAAUGGUAGCACACAUGGAACUUUUCACCGCAGGGAAUAAAGGUUAUCAGUCUGGACAAAACAUCAAGCAAGAACUUUAAAGACAGGAUCUCCAUAUGUGGACCAUGGUACAAUUAGUCAUUGACAAAAGAAUGACGGCCUUUGGUAGAACAGUUUACUAGAGUUAGCUGGAGUAUAUUACAUAACGAAAAAGGUUCCGGUUUUCGCGUGAAAGAUUCGUCAGCCGGUCUAAAGGAAUCUCUUGCGGUCUUGCGAAUGUCUGUGACGUAAUGACGUGUUCUUUUGGGUAUGUGCUGCGGUAUACAUAGCCACUCCCUGUGACGACGUCGCUAUUUUCAAAAACUAAUCCCAAUACUCACGUCGCGAUUUUAUUGAUAAAUUUUACCAUUUAGAGUUAUUCAGGAAAUUGCGAGCGUCUUUUUGUUUCUAUAAUAUGCUCGGUUUAAAAUUAUACUCUUUUCGCACCUUCCACGAAAUUUAACUCAUAUUAGCUAAGUAUAGUGAUACCCUAUGGAGUACAUUUAAAAUAUUGACCCAAGACACAAUGACGAUUCUGAAAAAGAUAUAAUUGAGAGCAUUAACCCCGUUGAGCGUUUUUAUAGAAGCACUUAAUGACUUAAGUUUGUUUGACGUCGUACGCACAAUCACGCUCUGUCGGUUAACACCGCCGCUUUGUUUUCUCAUAAUACAACUUAAUAUUGGAUUUGCUCUCAGUGGGUUUUACAUUGAGUGUUUAAAUUUUGCAUCGUCGCUACCGCCAUGCAACAUACAACAUAUCGUCGACUACAGAAAAAUAAAGCUAUUUCCUUGAAUUUUGAAAACUAUGGAAACUACUGUACAAUAUAUACAAUACUCUCUUAGGUGAUUGUAGAAAAUAUUGAUUACUUUUAGAAUCGUGACUGAAGCAUUUAACGCAAGAAUGCGUUUGUUCCGAUAUUUCAUCUAUUUUUGCAUAAUGGUGAAUUGACGACAUUGCAUAUUAUAUCAGCUGUCAUAUGUUUACGGAAGAUCGCACUUCGGCCAAUACGUUAAGCAACGUGGCUAAACGCGAGCGAAAAACGUGUCUUCUACUCUUACAAAUCGCAGGCCUCGAGCUUUAAACUUUCCAUCCUUUUUGCUUACUUUCUUACUGAAGAGCUCGCACGGAUAAGAUGAUGGGUGGUUUGAGCACAAUUGCCAUCAUGCUAAUGUGUUCUUACACAUUAAGAGUGCAUGCAGGAUGUCCGGCUGGAUUCGAUCUUAAUUCAUUUGCCAAGAAUUUGGAGGCUCAAAAAUCAAAUAAUAAAACCGAUGCCGAGAUCCUUGAGGAGAAGCUUCGGUAAGUUGUCUUUAGUUUCAAUCUAUUGCUGUUUCGCUUUUCUGAGUUUGUUCAUUUUGUCCAAAUGUUAUCAAAACACUUCACCAAAGCGAUGACGAUUUCAUCCAGUAGGUUCUUUGUUUGUUUGUUUGUUCUGAGUGAUUCUUAACUUGAUCACCGAUCUUUGCUUAAAGCUACCUCUGUCAUUUUAGGCUUGUUUGUUGUCUUUCGGGUUUCAGUGAUUCUUGAUCAAUAUCACUUUAUUGUUUUAUCUGUUAAAGUUUUUUGCUAUGCGGAUGAAAUGGUAUCCCAUAAACUCUUUCGGCCACUAAAUGCUUGAGUUUAUUGAGUGGUGCAAUGGGUUAAUCGGAAACCAUAGACUGUUGAACUAUUUAGUCUUUACACGUAAAAUUUAAGAUGAUGAUAAUAAUAAAAUAUAACCACAACACGCCACAGUUUUUAGAAGCUCAAGAUUGCUGGUUGCAGGUAAUAGAUCUUAAGAUAGUUUUUGUGUUGUUUGUAUGUUUUCAUUCUUUAGUUUUUGACCUGAAACCUUAAUGUGAUUUACAGUAGUGGAUAUUCAUCUGUUAUUUUCAAACUGCGAGUUUUCCUUCAAAACUUUCUAUUAAUCGUAAAGGGCAAACAAAAUCAAUCCCAUGGAGCCAUAUGGAUGCGACCCUCUCAGUUAUGCAACGAUAUCGAUAUUUAAGUGCCCCCCGUCACAAACCAUGUGUUAUUUUUGUUGAUUUUUUUAUUAUUUGUAUGUGUUAUAGGUCAGUAAUUCCCCUUACAGAUACGGACUCUGAUAAUAAAACUUCGGUCGAAGAACUUGCAAAGUUUACAGAAAAAACGUUGAAAAAGGUUCACGACGAAGAAGCUAAAUUUCGAGUGGAGAUACUGGACAAGAACAAAGACAACAAGGUUUCCUGGGAAGAAUAUUUAGAGAGCAAAGAAAAUAUUGGAGGUAAAAUAAGAAGAUCUGUUUUUCGCAGACCCUUUCCUUCUAAAUCUUUUAAUCACUUCGCGAUGACCUGGUAACGAGCUCAAAUUCAAGAUGGCGGCAACCACUCAAACCCACAUGGAGUGAUUUUACAUGGAAAUUAUUUGGCAAAACAAAGCCGCCAAAAAGACUUAAUUAUAAAUAGUGUUCCUGCCAUCCCGUAAUGGAAACUGGUUUGUGUCCCAUUAUUCUCACUCUAGUCAUUAGAUGACUAAAAUUCAAGGUCUCUUGACCUCAAAAUUUAAAUGUAAAAUAACAGCAUAUUAUCAUUUUUUCUGUAUCCCAAGCAAUAUUUGUCUAAGUAGAUCUCUUUUUACCCUUUGUUUAUCAAAAGAUAUCGAACGAAGCCUUUUUACAACAACCACGCCAUACACGGCUGCAAGCACGUCAAACCACUUUCUUAACUUUUUAUAUGACAUUACUUUCAAUUUGUGUGCCUUUUCCCCCCUUAGCCUCUACAGAAGAACAAAAGAAAAGAAGAUUUAAUCAUGCGGACGAAGAUAAAGAUGGUCAACUUUCCCAAGACGAAAUUAUUUCCAUGUUUCACCCGGAAGAAAGGACGCACAUGUACGAUGUAGUUAUCGAUGUACGUUUUUCCUCUGUUUUCUUUGCUUUCAACUUAGUUAUAAACUCUGUUAUUCUUUUUGUUUUUACUUUUUUGUGUGAACCUUGUCAUUUAGUAAGAAAAUCGCUGCAAUGAUGGGGCCAGUUCACGCGUCGAACUUCACCAGGGACGAACCUAAUGGUGCUAAUUAGCAAAAUCUAUUUUUCACGCUCAGCAGCUUUAGUUUAGUCCCAUUCACCACCGGGAAGGCACCACCGGGAAAACUUCCCCUACUCUUUUUGAACAGCAGUGUAGGACUUUUCUCUAUUUGCGCCGUUCUCGCGGGUCUAAUCUUGUUCUUUCCCGGGAGGAGCGCGGGCUCAUUUCCAGAACAGCAGCUGGUAAUCGAGCCUACAUAAAAUGUCACUGCGUUUCAUUAAUGCCUAAUUUUCUUUAUAAAGGAAUAUAUGGAGACGGGGGAUAGCAACAAAGAUGGAUUGAUGACCUUGGAAGAGUAUAAAGGUAGGUACAAAUUUAGGCCAUCAGACAGCCCUAAACGCAAUUUUUAUUUAAGCAUUACACUGCUAAACGUCUCUCGCUCGAAAAUGCCGUAAAUUGUAUUACAUGAACUUACGUCUUUAUUACUUAAGACACUAAAGUACAGGACGUUUUAAAAUACAAAUAAUAAUCAUAGAAAGAUGAAAAACUUAAAUCGUCAAACAUCUUAGGGCAAACAUAUGCAACCAGUGGUCAGAGGAAAAUAUUCCAACAACAUCAAGUCGGGCAAAGGAUCAAACUGGCGCCAAAUCCAAUCGACGUCAAGGGCGGGAAAGUACGCAACUUAUGCAAAGCGCGGAAAAUAGCAUUCAACCAAUGCUCGGGUACUUAGCGCGGGAAAGUGUAAAGGGUACCGGGUGACAAGGUGAAAAAAUCAUGCAACCAUGCGCAUGCGCGGGAAAUGUGCGGUGGUAAGCGCACGAAUUUUGACCUAAAAGAACCUAGUGAUGUAUUUUAGUCUUGUACCCAGAUAUUUAAAGAGGCUAUGUCGCGAGGGUAUUGCAGCUUUAAGUCAAUUUUGUGUUGAAGUUAUUAGUUAGUGCGUUUACCUUUACCAAAAAUGCUCCUGUAUAGUAAUAUGAAGAAGAUAUGAAACAAAUUUCACCAGGGAGCACUAACCGUAAUAAUUCUUUUGGUGAUUUCUGUAGACAUAGCAUUGAAACUUGAUAAAAUUGAGCCAACUUCUUCAAGUUUCAAUACAUGUCCAUCCUUGCCAUCGUUGCAACAGACGACAGGAAACAGUUUUAAUGACAACAGAUAAGACCUUUAUUUUGGAAUUCAACGGAUGCGGAAAAAGAUUUAACUUUAAACGACAGCUGUAUUUUGAUAAAUCAUAUUUGCUAGAACCGAAAGAUGUUUAUUUGAAACAGAGUUCAGAGAACGAAGGAACAUUUCAAGUUAAUGCGGUGUUAAAUAAUGGAACGAUUAUUUUUUCAGGUAAGAUAAAAAAGGCGGGGAAAGCUGACGUAGAGGCUGCCAAAAAAUUCUUUAAGAUGCUGGAUAAAGAUGAGGAUGGAAAAAUUAGCAGAGUGAGUUUACUAUCAGACUUAUUAUAAAGAGGUUAAAAAGAAAAAAAAAACUUGCACAAAAGCCUUGACAGCGGUAGAAAGGAACUGCGUGUAGAAUCGAGCUGCUUAAACGUCUGUUUGCUGUUGUCUAAUUGUGUUAAAAAAAGCUACCGAUUCCGGAAUCCGAUUUUUCAUGCUUAGAUUCAGUAAGGGACGGGCCAUUAUUUUUUUGACCGGAGGGGAGGGGAGUUGGAAAAUAUUGAAAUAAAUUGUUUGCAGAGGCUGUAAACACUGAAAUAAACAGUAUGCAAGUAAAAAAAAAGUGUUUACAGGAAGACGGAGAUAAAAAAAAUUGUUUGCUUGCCUGUGAAAAUUUUCCAACCCUUCCCCCACCCCCUGUCAAAAAAAUAAUGGUCCGUCCCUAAUAAGAUGUGAACAAGAUCUCUUUUGUUUACAGAAGUUAGAAGAGUUCCUAACAUACUUAAUACUUUUAACACUUAGGAUGAAAUUAAGGAGUGGUUGACUUCCUUAAACACCGCCUCCCAGGCCAAAAAACAAUCACAACAGCUUAUGGAUUUGAUAGACGAUAACAAGGUAGGAGCUAUAAACAAAAGCCGUUCGGUUCUGUUAGAUACCAGCUGGUCGCUGUUGUAUCCCUCAGUCCGCUACCCUGGGGUAAGGUUUUUGUUCUCAAUAAAGUAUAUUCAGUCGUUAUAUCCUGUUUUUGAAACGACCGGGACUGUCUAGUCAAUACCUUCCCCUUCCUGAUUCUUCUAUCCCCGACCCCGAGGUGCGCGAGUUAUGUUCCCAUUCCUUGUAAAUACCGAGGACUACCUCAUCGUUACACUCGUGGGAGAUAUUUAUUGGAUUAAACUGAGUUCAAUUUUUUUAUGGUCAAGGACGCAGUUCACGAAAGGAGUCUUGAGUGCUGACGUCCGAGCUUACUGUUCACAUGUUAAAAUGUAUUGUAAGAGGGCACGUCUGUUGUCCUCUCAUCCACGACUCUUCAUUUCAUUUCAUUUAAAACCAUUUCUUGGUUAAGGGCUGCUGGGAAGAAGCUAAGUCUUGUUCCUGCCUAGGUUAGCGUAAAAGCUAUUUGCGGGGCAUAAGUAUUGUUAAACUUUAUAGUUCUGCCAAUAAAUACAUUGUUAUUGUUGUUGUUGUUUUGGGCUGUGCUUUAAGCCAAAACAAUUGUGGAGCACGAAUUCGUUUAGGUUUUAUAAAACAUAUAAGGGAUGAAAUGCAAGAGAAUUUCUCACCCCAAACAACGAUCGAUUAAUCAAGAGCUGGUCAUGUCUACCUAGUACUUGGGGAAAACCCAACCACCCUCCCCUUGGAUCUGCUAUAUCUUUUUUUAAAUACAGGGGGUUUGCACAAUUAUCAUUUAGAUUAUGAAGAACACUAAGAGACCAGCAUCCUUUAUAAAGUGCGGAGCGCGUCAGGGUAGAGCUGGAAUCUCGAUAUCGGCGCGAUGUGGUGUCAUAAUAGGAAGCUCAACCAACGACGACAGCGACGUCAGCGAGAACGGCAAAACAGCAAUAGGUUUAGAUUGGCAAAACAACAACUCUGCACGUGCGUCACGCUUUUUUGUACACUUCUUUGACGUCACUGCACGACCACGACGUGAAAAUACCUAAUUUCACGUUUUGUGGAGGACGUGAACACAAGACGAGUUUUUUUUUCUUUUCCUGAACUUCUUUACACUCUUUUAGAAUUUAAUUCCAGGAAAAUUUGCCAGCAUUUGACUAAUUGAACGAGAUGGAAUAAGCGCGCUAAAGUUUGAAGAAGCGCGACUUCUCUUUGUAAGUGACGUUUUCGUAGCCUUCGCCGUCAAGUUACUUAAUCUCCCUAAUAAUUGGAAAGCGGCGAUGAUAAUCCUUCUCCCCUAAUGUACUGUCAUCUCAGCAGUGAUCAGCAGUGUAUUAAUCGAGAGUAGAGUGAUAGCAUUCCUAGUUGUUUCCAUAAUAGACCCUUUUUAAGUAAAAGAGAAUUCUGGUGUAUAGAGGGCCUUUAGCAUGGCAAUUAACACUUAAUGACUGGUCCCGAGGGAAACAGUUAAUUUUGUUCCCGAGAAUCUCAAUGUUCGGAAACGUUGAGAUUCGAGAUUCGUUAUAUAGCUGGAAAUUUUGAAGCUGGAAAUUUAUUAAACCUCGCUGUAACGGCGUCCGACGGUCAACAUUCACGGGUAACAGUAGACUGUUAUCAUCUGACGUCAUAGUUUUUGCGAUGUUGCUUGCUCAGAGAUUUUGGCGGGAAACAGUGUUAUUGUUAGAUGUCAUGUGACCAAGGAGUAAUCAAUGAGAGCGCGCGCUGUUGGGAAAAAUUUUCAGCCAUAUAACAAAUAACCUUAAUAAAUGCAGGUACACUGUUGUAUGUGGUGGACGCCCGAUGUCGGUUUCUGUUAAUAAGAAGAAAACUUGCUUGCAUCAUUACAAGAUAUCCGUUUUGUUUGUUUGUUUUUUUCAGGAUGGUUUGUUAGUUGAGGAGGAAGUACUGAACCACAAAGACUUGUUUUCGGAAGAUAAAAAAAAGCCAAAGAAGAAAGCUAAGGACAAAAGCAAGAAAAAAGCUGAGAAGAAAUCUAAAGACGAGCUUUAA